AUGAACCUGUUUGAACUAGGCAACCUGUCCUUCCUUGCCACCGCAGUCGCGUCUAUCCUGUCAGUUGUGCUACUCGUUGCCAUAUCGCAGCAGCUAUGGACACUGCGAUGGUCCGUCACCAGGGACAAGGACAGUGACUUGCCCCUUCCGAAGGGGUCUAUGGGGUGGCCAGUGGUCGGGGAAACCCUCGACUGGCUUUUCCAGGGCUCAAACUUUCAUGUGACGCGGCGAGAGAAAUAUGGCAGUGUUUUUAAAACGCACCUUCUGGGGAAACCAGUCAUUCGUGUGACCGGAGCCGAGAACAUUCGCAAGAUUUUAAUGGGCGAACACAGCCUUGUGUGCACGCAGUGGCCACAAAGCACGCGCAUCAUUCUGGGUCCACACACUCUGGCCAACUCGGUUGGUGAACUUCACAAGCGAAAACGAAAGAUCCUUGCACACGCGUUCAGUCACGUCGCGUUUGAAACGUAUCUUCCUCGCUUACAAGAUGUCAUCAAAAGAGAAGUGGCCAAGUGGUGUUCAGAACCGGGAUCUAUUGAUGUCUAUGCCGCCACCAAGGCGCUCACAUUCCGUAUAGCAGUGCAGGUGCUUCUGGGGCUGGAUGCACCGGACGCCCAAAUGGAUUACCUCUCAAAAACAUUUGAGCAACUCACUGACAACCUCUUCUCCCUUCCCAUUGACGUGUCUUUCAGUGGGCUCCGUAAAGGUAUGAACGCCAGAGACAUCCUCCAUAACGUUAUAGAGAAAAUGAUUGAGGAAAAGCUCCAGAAACAAUGGAACGGAUAUAACGACGCUUUCGAUUAUAUUCUGAGAAGUGCCAAAGAAAACCACAAUGAUAUAACUCUCCAAGAACUUAAGGAGACUGCAGUAGAACUCAUUUUCGCCGCACAUGCCACCACAGCCAGCGCAUCCACGUCGCUCAUCCUUCUCUUGCUCCUGCAUCCAUCCGUUGCUCAGAAAUCCAGGGGGGAAAUCGAGUCGUCGGAACUUGGGCACACUGGGAAAGUCGGACCCAGCUAUCAACUACCUCAUCUAACCUUGGAAAAACUAAGCCGGAUGCGAUAUUUAGACUGUGUCGUCAAAGAAGUCCUCCGACUUUUCCCACCUGUUUCAGGCGGUUACAGGACAGUUUUGAAGACAUUUGAACUGGAUGGAUUCCAGAUUCCAAAAGGGUGGAGUGUCAUGUACAGCAUCCGUGACACCCACGAGACCGCUCCCGUGUACCAGUGUCCGGAGCAGUUUGACCCCGAGCGCUUCGGGCCGGAGCGGGACGAGGCGUCCAGGGGCGGCCGCUUCAGCUACGUGCCCUUCGGUGGCGGGGUGCGGGGCUGCGUGGGCAAGGAGCUGGCGCAGGUCAUCAUCAAGACGCUGGCCGCCGAGCUCCUGGCCACCGCCGACUGGAGGAUGGCCACCAAGAAGCCGCCGCGGAUGCAGACGGUGCCCGUCGUCCACCCUGUCAACGGCCUCCACGUCCACUUCAACUACAGGCACCCCUGAGAGACUUCCAGCUUUUGGUCCAGCUGCUUUUUUUGUUUCAGGGGGUUUCCACUAAUUACGACCACACGUUUAUUGUCUGGGUGGCUGUG